AUGGUCAACAAAACCACAAGCGACGAUCCAUCUACCAAAAAUCCAUUCGCUUCAUCGGCCGCAACGUCGGUCCCUAUACCAUCCCUAUACCUAGUCGCUCGGUAUCUGCCGGCCCAGAAGACGCGCCGUCGACUGCCUUCUCAUCCCGCCGGGAAUCGACAUCUCGUAGCCGACGGCGAACCACCCGGGCCUCCAGCUGUUGCCUCCCUCCCGGUCACGACAAUGGCAGCAGACGCAAAGGUCUACCGAGCCACCACAUCGGCUCCCGUAAACAUCGCCGUCGUCAAGUACUGGGGAAAACGCGACACCAAGCUGAACCUGCCGACCAACAGCUCCUUAUCCGUCACGCUCUCCCAAGAUGACCUUCGCACGCUGACGACGGCCUCGUGCGCGACGACGUUUGGCGCCGACAGCCUGACCCUCAACGGCGAACUCUUCGACAUAUCCGGCGCGAGGACGCAGGCCUGCUUCCGCGAGCUGCGUGCCCGACGGGCCAACCUCGAGGCUGCCGACCCGUCACUGCCCAGGCUCUCGGCGAUGCCGCUGAAGAUUGUGUCGGAGAACAACUUCCCCACGGCCGCGGGCCUUGCGUCGUCGGCCGCCGGCUUCGCCGCCCUCGUCCAGGCCGUGGCCAUCCUGUACGAGCUGCCCGACUCGCCGUCGCAGCUCUCCCUCAUCGCCCGCCAGGGCUCCGGCUCCGCCUGCCGCAGUCUCUUCGGCGGCUACGUCGCCUGGAGGAUGGGCAGCAAGCCGGACGGCACCGACUCCAUGGCCGACCUCGUCGCGCCCGCCUCCCACUGGCCCGAAAUGCGCGCCCUCAUCCUCGUCGUCAGCGCCGCCAAGAAGGGCGUCUCGUCGACCUCGGGCAUGCAGCAGACCGUCGCCACCUCUGGUCUCUUCCAGCGGAGGAUAUCCCACGUCGUUCCCGCGAGCAUGGACAGGAUGGAGCAGGCCGUCCGGGGCAAGGACUUUUCCACCUUUGCCGAGGUGACGAUGCGCGAGUCCAACUCCUUCCACGCCUGCUGCGCCGACACCUUUCCGCCCAUCUUUUACAUGAACGACGUCUCCAAGGCCGCCAUCCGCGCCGUCGAGUCCAUCAACGCGCAGGCCGGAAGGACCAUUGCCGCCUACACCUUCGAUGCCGGUCCAAACUGCGUCAUCUACUACCUCAACGAGAACGCCCCGGCCGUCCUGGGCGCCUUCUCCACCGUUCUUGGAAAUGUCACGGGCUGGAAGUCGAGUGACAGUAUCGAUUCCGUCGUCAAGCUGGACGAGGCAACGGCAUGCGCGCUAAAGGACGGCGUCGGAAGGGUCAUCAUGACCUCGGGGGAUGGACAGAAACCGCCACAUGCAGCGGCUCCCACUCGUGGUGCGGUCCGGCCCGUGGCCGGCUGGUUAAGGCUGCUGUUUGAAGUCUUCAUUCCCGUCGGAUUCCCGGCCUCGGUCUCGAGUGACUACGCCGCCUACCAGACGUACGACUCGCUUCAGGCAUUCUUUUCCACCAUCAACUCCCUCUUGGCCAAUCGUGCGUUGCUCGAGGGCUUGGGGGUGGGUGACGCCAACUCGUCCGCCACGUUUGCCAUGAUCCUCACCGUCAUGAAGGACGCGACGUCACGCAUCUCCACCAUCCUCUUCGCCCACCGCUUCGGCCUCAUGAUCGAAGCGGAUGCCAAGACGUAUCGCUUCCUCGCCGACGUCCUCAACGACGCGGCCUUCUUUCUCGAGCUCUACAGCCCCUUCCUGGGCCCCUACGGCAAGGUCGUAGCCCUCUGCACGGGCGAGGCGAUGCGAGCCAUCUGCGGCGUCGCCGCUGGUGCCAGCAAGGCUGCCCUGAGCCUGCAUUUCGCUCGGCGGGACAACCUCUCGGAGCUCAACGCAAAGGAGGCCAGCCAGGAGACGGCUGUCGGUUUGAUCGGCCUCGUCGCCGGCUCCGCCCUCGUCCAGCUGGUGCAGGAUCGCGGAGCGGUCCUCUGCCUGGUGAUUGCGCUGGUCAUGGCCCACCUCUGGAUGAACUACAAGGGAGUGCGAUGCGUUCAGCUGACGACGCUGAACAAGCAGCGGGCAUCGAUGAUCUUUGCGUGCUACCGGAAGCAGGGGGUCGUCCCAUCGCCCCGGCAAGUGGCCGAAGAGGAGCGCAUCCUCUUCUGGAACAACGCAACGACCAACGCCAAGGGCGCGCCCGUCUGUCGAGUCGACUUUGGCAAGAGCUACACGGAUGCCAUGGGCCCCGAAGGCAGCAGGGACAAGGUUGUCGUGGUGGAUGGACCGAUGCACACGAGCUUCAUCCACCCGUACGCCGCCGGCCGGUUGGGCAAGAUCAAGAUCCUGCUCUGGGAGCGUGCCGAGGCCAAGCAUGCCAUCCUCGCCUGGUUCAUGGCGGCGCAAAGGGCCAGCGCAAUGGACGAGAGCAUGCCGCACGGAUAUGGCGGCGAGGAGGGUGCCAGGCAUCGAUGCGAGGCCGACAAGGGACGGCAGGAGAGUGUGAAGCAUCCCGGGGCGCGCGACGAGGCCCUCUGGAGACAGUUGGAGAAGCGAGGCUGGGAUCUCGAGGCGGCGGCGCUGGAGCCCGGUGAUGCCGCGCGGCUUUGCGCCGAUCUGACAGGCAAACAAAAGGCCGAAUGA